AUGGAUGAUGAUGAUGUUGUGGGGCCUUCAGGCAGUGGUAGAUAUGUAUUCGACACUACAAAAACGAAUUAUCGGAGUGGAAAUAUACCAGAGAUAGGUUCAACAAUAUACAAUACAAUACCAACUGGUGGUGAUACAUUUCUUGACAGAUCAUCUGAUAAUGAGAGAAGAACACGUUCCGGACGUAGAACCGGUUUAGAAAUAACUCAUGCAAAAAGCUUUAAUGUAUCCCAAUCAGGAAGUGGUACUCAAUUAUCAGGGAAUGAGGUUCGUUCCGGUUCGAUCUCACGAAGACGAAAGAUGAAAAGAAAAAAUGAAGUUGACGAUAAAAAUUCUCUGUACGCUGAUUUCAUGAGAAGACGCUCUUAUAAUCGUAGAUCUGAUGAUUAUUAUGAGAAUAUGUUCCGAUGCUCACGAAAUCAUCGAAUUAAAAAAAGUAAAUCACGAUUUCGAUUGCGACCGAGAAGAAAAUCGGGUGUGUCUUUAUAUGACGGUACUGAUUCGUUAUGCUAUUACACCUCCCUCAGUUCACGCAAUAUGGAAGAAAGUACGGAAGAUGAGGCCACUCCUGGAACGGCAACUUCGUCAUUAGACAUUUCAGAUAGGAAGAAAAGUGAAAUGGAGCGGCAAAAUGCCAGACUGAGAACCGCUUUGACAACUGAUGAAAAACCGCAAUGUUUCUUACAACUUCCGAUCUCGGUGAUCACAGAGCAAUGCAUUCGUGUCACAUCAACAAUACGUCAAUCUUUGCUUCAUUCAACAAUUUACAUCUUUUCCGCCAAUGAAAUGGGACAUUGCAAUAUUGCGCAACUUGAUGAAAUGCUUAUUGGUGCGCCGAUAAUGAAUCGUGAAACCAACGAGACAGAAUGGGAUAAAAGACCGUUAAAUUUUAAAGAAGAUAUAUUUGUCAAAAAUAAUAUUAUUAAAAUAAGACGAUCAACAUUAUUUCGUAAUUUGCAAAAUGGGAAAGAAGUCAUAAGGAAUGAUCGUCGUACUUACAAUAAUUUAUGUCCAGCAGAAGUGACUAAUGCUGUGCAACGUGAAAUUUAUGGUAAUAUGGCUUUGAAACCUCAAUCAAUGCUAAAUAUCACUUCGGUAUACGGUGAACAACGAUCCAUUAACGGUAACAUUCGACUGAUCGAGAAGCUAAUAAUCACACUAUCCAGUGGUAAAGAGCCCCAUGCAACCCAACGUCUGCAAAAGCAAAUUGAAGAACGAAUAAUUGAACCAGAAAAUUAUGACAUACCAAUACGGUACGUUGAGGAGGUAUUAAUUGGACCGCGUCGCAUCGAUAUCAGUCGUGAAGCAGAAAUUAAUCCUCGAGAAGGGUUAAGUGAAUUUAUGACUGCUCGAGAACCGCACCUAUUUGAAUUUGGAGAAGUACGACGAUAUAGCAAUUUUGUAUUGUCGACGUCUCAAUCACGUGGUGGCACUCAAUCUGAUUUUCCCAUCCAGCGAUCAUCGUCAUUAUCACCUGUGACCGACGGGCAGAUUCGCCAAACUAAGGAAACUACACCUCGUCAAUUUUCAUUUAGAGAAUUCAAGCAACUGAAAUCAGCAAAAGUGACAGAUGAACAGGAAAAAGAGCAAAUACCCCCGCAUAAAAUACAAUCAGUGAAGCUCACUGAAAUGCCAAUUAUACGGGGAGUAAAUGAUAGUGGAGUACCAAUCAUAGAUAAUAUUUCUGAUUCGCCUGUAUCUACCAAACAAAAAAAACUUGACGAUAGUGCAAAGGAUGGAAAAACAGAUUUGUGGUCGAAAAAAUUACGCUUAUUAGGUGGUUUACGACGUUCAAGUCGUUGGAGUAGAUUUGCACCAGCCAAAUCUCCAAUUCUUCCGGCUUCUACAGAAUCUAUACCGGUUGCUUUUAGCCCAUUGAAAACAUCAACCCCGGUUAGGAAGCAUCCUAAAACAGCAGAAAAUUUGGAUGAGCGAAAUAAAUUUUCAAUGGAUAAAUAUGUAAAAACGUCAAGAAGUCAAAGUUCAGGCACUGGAACACACAUACGUUCCACUCUCGAUUGCGAUAUUACAUUAAGAACUACUAAUGUAGUGAAUGUGACGGAAAUUCCAAUUGAAAUUAACGGAAUGUUAAAUGAUUUGCCGUGGUGCACAACGAUUCGACUACGAGUCAAGCAUGAUGCUAAUGAAAAGCCAACUUUUAUUCCAAAUCGCUGUAAAAUAUCCUGA